UAGGUUUGCCUUUCAUCUUCUCUUGUAGUCGUUGCUGUUAGGCUUCGUUGCUUCGCAUGUGUAGAGAGUCUAGAGACUGCAUGCGUCGUCGCUUCUUCGUUUCCUUCGUGACUGUUUAACUUCGCUCCUUCGACGUCUUUCCCUUCCUGUCGGAUAGGAAAUUUCGACAUUUUGAUCGGAAGCAAGAACGGGACCUCGCUGGCUGUGAAGAAUCCUCGGAGCUUCUAUGAAUGUUUUGCUGCUCCCAUUUGUGACAAAGUCAGUAAGAUUUAUUUCCCAACUUCUAGAACGUAACGCCUCCCAAAAUCUGGUCCCAGGUAUUACUAGCAACUUCCCUAAAAUCAUCCUUACUCAAGAAAGUAGUAUAAAAUAUGCUUGUAGUUUUUCUCUAGUCUCUGACUCCAGCACCAGAUCUACUGGAAAAUCCGUGAAAUUUUGCAGCAUGGUGGCUUCCACUACUAUGACGGAUGCUUCAAAAUAUCAAGAAUCUGAUUCGGCGAAAAUUGACACUCCUUGCUCAGCAAAUGUCUGUGCCACUCCAGAUAUUGAAAAAAAAUAUGUACACCAUGUUUAUAAUGCCAUUGCUCCACAUUUUAGUGCUACAAGAUUUGCUAGAUGGCCUAAAGUUGCUAGCUUUUUGAAUUCCUUGAGUCCCGGUGCUGUCAUAUUGGAUGCUGGUUGUGGAAAUGGUAAGUACUUGGGCUUCAAUCCGAACUGCUUUUACAUAGGCUGUGAUAUCAGCCCAUCUUUGAUCGAUAUAUGUGCAAAGAAAGAUCAUGAAGUUUUGGUUGCUGAUGCGGUUAAUCUACCUUACAAAACAAAUUUUGGUGAUGCUGCUAUUUCUAUUGCCGUUCUUCAUCACCUGAGCACAGAAAGCAGGAGAAGGAAGGCUAUAGAAGAGUUAAUUCGAGUGGUACGAAAAGGUGGAACUGUUCUAAUUACGGUUUGGGCUGUAGAGCAAGAGGAUAGUUCAUUGCUUUCAAAGUGGACCCCACUUUCUGAGAAGUACAAUGAAGGAUGGGUAAGUGGUAGCAUUCCUCAAGUGCGUAAUUCUGCAGCACUGAUGCUAAAGCAGAUUCCAGAGGCAAAUGAAGAUUGUUGCUCUACAACUGGUAUAUCCAAACAUAGAUACGCUCAUCCAGGAUAUGUUGAAGAAGGUAGAAGGGAGGAUAAUGUGUUCGCUGCUUCUUUUUGUAAUGGGAUACAAGAGGAUGCCAUUUCCUCUAGUAAAGCUGUUACUAAUCAAGAAUACUUUGUUCCUUGGCAUUUGCCAUAUCAUCGGGCUGAAGUUAAUGGCACAUCGACUACUGCAAUUGCAAAUGGAUUGGCAAAGAAAGAUGAUAAGAAGGGGGCUGUGGUGUAUAACCGCUAUUAUCAUGUAUUUGCUGAAGGUGAACUUCAAAGGUUAGUUACUGGCAUAGAGAAUGCAGCGACUGUUGAGCAGUUCUAUGAUAAAUCCAAUUGGUGUAUCAUUCUUCAGAAGAGAUGAAGUGAUAUUCUUUGAGAAAGAAAGAAUAUUUGUCUGUACAUUUACAGCUGUGUUAAGAAGUUCUGUUGCUGAUCAUUUGAAAUUGUAAUGGCAGAUCCACAGUUCCCUCUAAAAACAAGGGUGUUGAAAAAGAGAAUACAAAAGAUGUGUAAAUCUCUCUUUCCAUGGAUCAUAACGAUCAAAGUGUAUCAUUACUUGUGCUCAUGUAAUAGUUAUAAUAUAUUAAUUUUUAGAUGAGUAUAAUAGGUAAUUAAUUAAAAUCUA